CAAAGCUAGCUAGCGAUUGCUUACUUGCCUGCCACUGUCGCCCCCACUGUCAUCCCACUUUUUCACUUCCACGGUCUGGAGGGACGCCAUCCUCUCGGUUCCCAAUCCCAGCUGUUUCUGAACUCAUGUUCUAUCUACAAGCUAGCUCCUGGCCACACAAACGAAUGCUGUCCAAGGGGUACCCGUUCAUAGCAAACUAGCUGCCUUAAAAUGUCAACAACAAUUGCAGUCAGAAGAUUGCUGGAACUCACCACCUGCUGCUUAGUAGCUAGCUAACAUAACUUUACACACCAAACGACAUAACGUUAUUUGUUCAUGAUCAGAACGAUAUGAAAAUUUGCUAACAAAUUGAGUUACUGCUUUUACAUUUAAUCUAUCACUGUUUUGCAGAACCUUCCAGACGGAAUGAACAACACCACUUGCUUUAGCCGUUCUGUCUGCUGCUGUUGACAGACCACACGUUAUUGUAAAGCGAGAGAGCUCACAAAUUCCGGGUAAAAAAAAACUCAAAAUUAAACUAUGAAGGGUAAGUGGCUUUUAAUAUAAUACAACAGGAUGUGGUAGCUAGCUGUUACAUAACUGAUAUAAUUGGAUUUGGACAAAGGCGACAAAAACAUUUAAAAGAAGAGAGGUUAGGGUUGGACUUUUAGUUUGAUAUAAGCAGUCGGUUGUGAUGUACAGUGAGGGUUUUCAGUUGCUGCUAACUUCACAUGUUCAAUUAUGCUCUGGAUAUGGCACUUCAAUCUGGAAGUUAACUUCCAGUGAGUUUACAAAAAAAGGAUACAAUAAAUGACAUUUUCUGGAUAAUUUCUAUUCAUUCUCUUAUGUUCUGAUUCUUUAUUUUUCUAUUCUUUACCCUAAUUCCUUAUCUUUAUCUACAUGUAUUAUUUCUUUAUUUGCAUAUUCCUUUUCCCCCAGUUCCCUUUCCUUCAGUUGUAUAAUUGGAAGGUUAAAUAAAACUGCCUUCAAAUGAAAUAGAAAAUGGAGAAUAAGGCGGGCUGAAUUGUGAUGUAACAAACAGAAAUAAAAUACACUUAUUUUUUUCAAAUGGAAUAGAAAUGAUUUGUGAUUAGUAUGUUAUUAUAGUUACUGUUGUUUGCAUUCUUUGUGAGAAGAAUGUGAGAAGCAAAAGUAUUAUAAACCCUGUCCAGGUGGUCAUAUUUGUGCUGUCUUUACAAAGUUUCAACCUUGUUAAAAUGACAAAAGGUGGUAAGAAAUACUCAUCAAUGGAAAAGGAUGGCAAAUGGUUGGCUCAUGCAGGUUUACCAGCAAAUGACACCAGUAAACGGGAGACGUGCACCAGCACAGGGUAUAUGAUGUCUCAGAGUGAACCACUACCUCCAGCAUCGAGCACAGAGAAGUAUCCCAAGAUCUUCAUCAACACAGAACAGAAAACCAUGGGAAGAGUCUAUCCAUUCUCAGCCCAUGAUAACCAAGCUGCACUGCAAGAUACCAUCACUGUAUUUGAUGAUGGAUUAGGCCGCAAGAAGUGCCUGGACGAGCGUAGACAACAUAACUCCCACUUCUGCCUGUGCCACCAUGGAAGUGUGAGUGGCGUGGGGGAGACGAGGGGAGACUUCUCAGCCUAUCAGACAGACUACCAGGACCGCCAGGACCCAGAGGGCUCCUCCACCAGCAGGCGUUUUCCCAGUAACCAUCUUGAUAGGUCCACUGUGGCAGCUGCUGCCCAGGCAGGAGAGCACUUUAUGUGGUUCGGGAGGCAUGAUGAGGACCGUCCUGUGCCCCUUGAAGUGCUGGCAGCUACCAACUGCUCCUCCUCAUCCAAGCCGUCCAGACACUCCUACCAUAUCAGGCAUUAGAUGAAUACACCAUAUUACCCAAAUACUCUUCUUUAGGAAAUCACAAAGCAACACAUCUUGAUAGUUCUCCAAGUGCAAAUAAAAAAAUAUGAAACAUUGA